GGAAGUGUCCCAGGGGAGGGAGCUGGAGGGUCCGGCCUUUUCUUUCCUCCGCGUCCGGCGGGCUCCGGCAGCGGCCAAGCCUGCGCGGCCCGCCAACGGGGACGCGUUGCAGCAGCGCCUGCAUCUGUUCUUACUCUCCCCUCCCAAGUGGAACCGUGGUUUUCUGGAUGAGCAGGAGACGGGGCUUGGCUGGCCAGGGACGGAGUCGGGCCCUGCAGAGAGCCCGCCUCGGGAAGGACACCGGGAGGCCGGCGGGGAAGGAUGAGGAUCGGCUGCGGAGACUAACGCGGCAGUCGGAGCGAUUUGAGUUGGACGCGGGGAAGGAGUUCCAGGCUGUGAGCUCAUGUUGCGAAGGUCUCCAGGGCAAGGACGGUGACUUUGGCUCAGAAGCCCCAAGAUAGCAGCCCGCCUGGCUCGACGCUCUCGGGUCCUCUCCAGGAGGGCCCGGCCCCCGAAGGGUCGUCUUCUGCUGCUGACCCCCAUCAAAUCCCAUCAUGCCCACAGCCCUGUGCCCCCGAGUGUUGGCUCCAAAGGAAAGUGAGGAGCCCAGGAAAAUGAGGAGCCCACCGGGAGAGAGCCCUGGCCCCCAGGGCGAGCUUCCCAGCCCAGAGUCCUCCCGCCGCCUCUUCCGCCGCUUCCGCUACCAGGAGGCGGCAGGCCCCCGGGAGGCCCUGCAGCGCCUCUGGGACCUGUGCCGGGGCUGGCUGCGGCCGGAGCGACACAGCAAGGAGCAGAUCCUGGAGCUGCUGGUGCUCGAGCAGUUUCUGGCCAUCCUGCCCCGCGAGAUCCAGGGCUGGGUGCGAGCCCAGGAGCCUGAGAGCGGAGAGCAGGCGGUGGCUGCUGUGGAGGCGCUGGAGCGGGAGCCGGGCAGACCCUGGCAGUGGCUCAAGCACUGCGAGGACCCAGUGGUGAUUGAUGACGGGGAUGGUCCUCGCGACCAGGAGCAGGAGCCGCUGCCAGCAGAGCCCCAGAGCCACAUCGCAAAGAGCCAGGAAGCCCAGCCUGCCGCCCUGCCACAGGGCCCAGGGCUCCUGAGCAGACUGCCGGGCCAGCUCAGCGGGGACCCAGUUCCACAAGACUCCUCCCUCCAGGACCCGAGCUUGAGGGACGCACAGCAGGUGACUGCCCUCCAGCUGCCCCUGAAGCGGGUUUCUCCUUUCGAGGACAUGAUCUUCUGCUUCUCGGAAGAGGACUGGUCCCUUCUAGAUCCUGCCCAGACAGGCUUCUAUGGGGAGUUUAUCAUCGGAGAGGACUGUGGGGUCUCGCUCCCUCCAAAUGACCCAGCAGCCCAGGUGGACCUCUCCCAGGGGGAGGAGAAUGAGCCACGUGUUCCAGAGCUGCAGGACCUGCAGGGGAAGGAGGCUACCCAGGUCUCCCACUUGGACUUUCCAAGUCUCCAGCCGAUCCUGGUCGAAGAAAGAGGGAGGCGGGAGGAGCUGCAGGUGCCAGAGCUCCAGGCCUGCCAGCAGACAGCGCUUGCUCAGAGCACCUGCCCAGCCGGAGGUGACUCAGUGCCCCCCAGGGACAGCCUGGAUGAGGAGGUAACCAUUGAGAUCGUCCUAUCCAGCUCUGGGGACGAGGACUCCCAGCUGGGCCCCUACUGCACGGAUGAGCCGCGGAGCCCGGCCAGGAAGCAGCGUGGCGCCCCCACCCCGCAGCAGAACGGCGCCCCGGUUGGGGGCGAGGUGCACACCUCAGGGAAGUCCUAUGUGUGCCCCAACUGCGGGAAGGUCUUCCGCUGGAGGGUCAAUUUCAUCCGGCAUCUGCGCAGCCGCAGGGAGCAGGAGAAACUACACGAGUGCUCGGUGUGUGGGGAGCUCUUCAGUGACAGUGAGGACCUGGAUGGGCACCUGGAGGCCCACGAGGCCCAGAAACCUUUCAGGUGCGGCGCCUGCGGGAAGAGCUUCCGCCUCAACUCCCACCUGCUCUGUCACAGGCGGGUCCACCUGGCGUCCCCUGGACCCCGACCGGUGAUGGGGAGUGAGCAGGGGGCGGCGGCGCCCGACGCACCAAUGGCCGAGGGCCGCGCCCGGCUGAGCGCCCAGUGCUGUGACUGCGGGAAGCUGUUCCAGCGGCCCGAACACCUGGCGCGGCACCGCAGCAGCGUGCACGGCAAGGACCGGGCGCGGCCCUUCCGGUGUCGGUACUGCGUCAAAAGCUUCCUGCACAACUCCGACCUCCUGCGCCACCAGCGCCUGCACAUGAAGCGCCGCUCCAAGCAGGCGCUCAACUCCUACUGACGGACGGACGCCAGGCCCUCCCAGGACAGGACGGACCUGCCCCAGGACACACCUCAUCCUCCGGCCCUUUGCUCUCAGGUAGAAAUGAGAUAGUGGCCAACUGAGCAUUUCUUCUGGCUCUGCUGUGCCAAAAAGCAGGGAGCGAGGCGCGUUACCAGCUUGGAUUAGCCCGCCCUCUCUGGGUUCCAGAGAGCCGCCUCCAGUGCUUCCUGAGCGGCUGCGGGACCCGGCCGGUCCCGCUGCAGUCACCCCUCGGGGUCUGUCACUUGCCACAACUCGCUUCAUCGCCAUGCGGCCCUGUUUGAACCCCCGUCCCCAUCCCGAGGUUCCAGGGUAACCACUUCCCAUCUGAGAGCAAGAAGCUGUGGGCAGGUGAUGGCUAGAGAGGCGCUGGGGAGCCGGGUGCAGCCCAGCAGGCCCUGGUCCUGCUGGCGCGAGGAGCACCCGCAGGCCUCUCAGGGCCGGGGGCACGGGUGCUGUGAGCUCUGGCAGGGGAGCUGUGUCCCACUUUUAUUUGUGAUGGCAGCUGCUCAUUAGAGGUUGCGAGCUCCCCGAGGGCAGUAACCCCUACUUUUAAGCUGUAUGUGCACACCCUGCCCAACGUCAUUCUGUGUGCCCUGAAGGUCCCGGCAAAUGGUGUGGGGUGGAAGCAGUUGUCACCGUGUGAGAGGCACUUACGUUCCCCGGCCUGGGCCACUGUGUCGGGGAACGGGGAGCUCAGCCCAGUGAUGGCUUCUGUUGUCCUCGCGAGGGGUUGUGGGGAGCAGCCGCCCGCGAGGUCAAGCUCUGCAUACACAGUAAUGUAGCUGCUGUUCGAAUUCCUUUGCUAGGGCUGCCUUAACAAAGGACCAAAAACAGGGUGGCUUAGGACCACAGAAAUGUAUUGCCUCAGCUCUGGAUGCUGAAAGUCCAAGGUCAAGGCGGGCAGGUUGGUUCCCUGUGAGGGAGGGGUGGUCCUACGCCUCUGACGGCUGCCGGCAGUCCGUGUUCCCUGAAGAGCAUCACCCCACUUCUGCCUUCAUCUUCACGUGGUGUCCCUGUGUACAUAUCUGUCUCCAAAUUUCCCCUUUUCAUAAGGACACUCGUCACAUUGGACAGGGCACCCCUGCCUCCUCCGGUGUGUUCCUGCCUUAACUGGUAACAUCUGCAGUGACCGAAUUUCUGAGAAAGGCUGUGUUCUGAUGCACCGGGGUUGGGACGUGGAUAUGAAUUUAGGGCGGCAGGGAGACAGUUCAGUCUACAGCACCAGAUAGCCUUGUGACACUGCUCAUCCCUGAUGGACAGGUGAAUCAACAGAAUCUCGAGUUGGCUCGCUCUCCAUCCCAGUGGAAGCAGCAGGGCCUUGCAAAUCCAUGGCCUGGAGACCUGGAGGCCUGGGUUGGGAGGGACUAGUGAGAGUGUGACCGCCAGCCACGGAACCGUGGUCCUGUUCCUGGAGGCCUGGCUGCGCUGGCCAGGCCCAGCGUCAGGAAAGCACAGAGGCUGCGCUGUGGUGGGCGAGCAGAGCCACCAGGUGUGCAUUUUGUGUUAUUUGUAUGUCAUGUCCGUCGGCAGGCAGCCAGACUGCUUGUCACCCAUGUCAUUGUCACACUGAGAUGCCACUGCCACAAGCCCAGUGGAAGAGCCACAGGGUUUUCUAAUUCUGAUUACUGUGCCUGUGUAGAUGCACCUACACGCUGAGGAGCAGUAAAUGCAAUAACACUUAGGUCAUACCCUGAACAAGAAAUAAACAUGGGGGCUCAUCGUUUUAAAUAGUUGGCCUCUUUUAUUGAUUACCAGAGGGGGAAAUCCCGGUGGGAGUCAGGCUCUGCAUUGGCCCGCCCUCCUGCACUCACCCCAGAGCUCGGCAGCCGGAAGGUGGUCGGUCGUCCAUCUGCCUCAGGCGUUUGUCUCACGGAGGAACACUGCUCUACUCACUGUUGUGUCUCACCUGCAAAACCAGAUCCUACAUAAGAACAGCAAAGGGGCGGUAACUGCGUCUCGGGUGGGGAGCCCCCUGCGCUCAGCCAACACCAUGGUGCCUACCUCGUCGGAAGGUCGUAUCACUUAGGAUCCAGAAGCCCUCGUGGGUGAUUUUGCUCAAAUCCCCGCUUGGCCUGUUCAGAAGAAGCCAGUGGAGUCACCUGCAUUCGGAACGGGUCCUCUAGAUGUCAGCACUGACCACCUGCUCCCUCCCCGGGAGGAGGGCAGGCAGGUGAGCUGCGUCUCCACCUGCCAUGGAAGCACAGACCCACGUCUGAGAAGCACCCACCCUCCCUGUUCCUCCGAGCCCUUGGCAUUGUUGCCACAGCUCACAGGUACAUAAUAAAAGUGC